AUGAACCGUACUACUGCUAAGGCCUACUCCGUUCAAGAUUAUUAUCAGGGGGAUGAUUUCUUCAAUGACUGGGACUUCUAUACUGGCUCGGACCCCAGCGGUGGGAAUGUCAUUUACCAAAGCAAAUCGGAUGCACAGUCCAAGGGACUUGCAUAUGUCAAUGGUGGCUCUGACAAUGAUAAUGAUAAUGACAACGAUAACGACAACGAUAACGGUGAUACUGACAGCUACUCCUCUUCCUCCUCUUCCUCGUCCUCGGUGGUCCUGGCAAUUGAUUCAACUAGCACUGUUGCCGCUGGUGGCGAUCGUGACGCUUGCAGUGUUCGUAUAUCAUCUCAGACGAGUUACAGUAGUGGGCUUUUUGUCUUGGAUGCCUCACAAAUGCCCGUCGGCUGUUCUGUAUGGCCUAGUUUCUGGACAGUUGGACCGAACUGGCCAUAUGGGGGUGAAAUUGACAUUGUCGAGGGUAUCAAUAACCAGGCGAAAAAUCAGAUGACACUUCAUAGUGGCACAAAUUACACCUGCACCAUCGAUACGGAUGAUUCCGAUGAGUAUACAGGCUCUGUCCUCGCGAGCGACUGUUACAGCACUGAAUCCUCGGACGCAGGCUGCAGCAUCAUGGAUAGUAGCUCAACGUCUUUUGCGGAUGGCUUCAACAAUGCAGGGGGCGGUGUCUUUGCGCUUGAAUGGGACAAUUCCGUUGGAAUGUCAAUGUGGCACUUCGCUCGGUCUGACAUCCCUGCUGACCUCACGGCCCAAGCACCCACGCCUUCCAGUUGGGGCACUCCGUCUGGUUUCUGGUCUGCAAAAACCUGCGACAUAACAGACAACUUCUACGAACACCAGAUGGUCAUCGACACUACUAUCUGCGGCAGCUGGGCAGGUGGUGCAUACUCACAAUCCGGAUGCUCAGGAGAGUGCACGGAUAUGGUUGCCGAUGCUAGUAACUAUGUCGAUGCCAAGUGGGUCAUCAACUACGUCGCCGUCUACCAGUAA